AUGUCAGACCAAACUGAGAACUUUAUGACGAUUCAACAAAACGGAAACAAUGACAAAGAUAUGAGUUCAUUCACUGAAGAGACAAUAGACGUUGAGUCUGACUUGAAAAAAAAUCCAAUGGGUCUACGAAGAUCGAGUCGUAGGUCUAGUGCUAAAAAAUCAAUAGAUCAGGAAGCUGAAGAGGAUGCAGCUAGAGAAGCAGCUAUUUCACAAGCUAGAAAAGAAAGAUUAAAAGCAACGAAAUUGAAAAAGAAAGAAGAAAUGAAAGCAAAGUUGAAAGAAGAAAAAAGAUUAAAAGCUGAGAAAUUAAGGAAGAAAAAGCAAAUCCAGAAGAAAGCUCUUGAUGCUAAGAACAAGUUAAAGUUAAAAGCCAAGAAAGAAAAAUUAGAAAAAAAAUUGAAAGAAGAUGCUAAGAAGGCUAAGGAAACCAAAAUGCUCAAGGAUGCAACUAAGGCUACAAAGGCUUCAAAAACAAAUCUAAAGGAUCUGAAUAAAAAAGUUCCUGAAACGCCAGCUGUAAAUUUGACAUCAACUAAUUGGUUACCAAAUGUUCCAUUAUUGACAUCAGGUUUUAAAACUCAAAACUCUGUACCAUCAAGAUUAAGAAAUCCUAACAUGAAGGCUGUUUUGUACGCUAAUGAUGUAAUUAAAGUAAUGGCAUUCAUUAACAAGUUUUCUAAUGUAUUUGAUGAAACCUUAAAAAAUAUUUCCUUCCAAGAUUUUGAAAUUGGUUUAGACCUUUAUCCAGAAGAGCCUUAUGGUGUUGUAGAUCGUGCAACUCUUAAACAGCAAGCUCGUCUUGGUCGUAAGACUCUGUAUCAAGAUGUUCUUCCAAUUAAAGAUGUUAUUGAUAGCCAAAAUAAAAUGAAUCUAUUAUUUUUAACACUUUUAAACUUAUUGUACAAUUCAAGUAAAUCAACAACGUAUUCCUAUACAACGACAAAAAAUUUAGUAAAGCCUGAAGUAUCUUUAGAUGACUUACAAUCUUCAAAAAAAGUAUAUUCCAAAUUCAUUGACCAUGUCAGACUAUACGCUCGUGAAUGGGGUUAUCCUAAAGAAUGGAGGCAACAAUUACCAAAAGGUGUCGAUAUCUUGAAACCUGAAUCUCAAUAUUUUGAAAAAGAUGAUACGAAUCCUAUAGAAUGUUCUAGAACUAAGGAAGUGUUAACUCCUAAUAUCUAUACAUGGCGUAAAAAUGAACCAUUGUCUUUGGAUAAUGAUCCCUUACAAUCACCAGAUUUGAAUAAGAUAGGCUUAUUAGCGCUUUAUCCAUUAGAUCGUAUUAUCUUAUUAAGAACAUUGGUUAACUGGUGUACUGCAUAUUCGCCUUUAAUUCAUUAUGAAAUUCAUCGGUUAACAAACUUUAAAAAAGAUCCUGCAUUUGGUAUUCAAACAGCUCAUGUCCCUAGAUAUUUAAUGGAUGGCCAAGACGAAACCAUUAAGAGUUAUCAACAACUUUGUAACUUAGUUCAAUCCAAAUAUGUAGAGAGAAAGAAAAGUGGUUAUUUGAAGAAACAAAUGGCAGCUGGUAAGAGAGAUGAUUUAGUUCAAAAAGUUGAAAGUUUAAAAUAUUUGCAAGCAGAAUAUAAGGACUUGGACAAGGAAUUAAAAAAUGAAGCGUUAUUGAAGGAUUAUCCCAAAUGGAAACAAAUAUUUGAAAAUGAUGUUCAAGGAGAUCCGUUAGCUAAUCCAUACGACGAUGAAGUGUAUAAGUUAAGAUCUCAAGAAUUUUUCUUGGCAAGAGUGCCAUAUAUGGGUGAUUUUUAUUUGCCAAGAUUGCAUACAUAUGAUGAUAAUCAGAAAUUAUCAAAUGUUUCAACCUAUACUGAUUUAUUCAAUUUGCAGAGAAUCUUGAAAAAAUUCUCGAAUGGAUCAAUUGAUGCAUAUGGUUUAUUUGAGAAUUAUGGCAAAACAUUAAGUUCAAGGUUCAAAAUUUUAUAUCAUGAUACCCCUGGUAUGUUAAGAGAUAUUAUGAAUGACAAAAUCCCUGUGGGGAAGACAUAUUGGUAUGAAAUGUGUCAUGAUGCUAAGACUUUAUUAGAAUUCUUGGAAUUCUUAGAUUAUAAAUUGAUUGUAAAAGAAAAGCCAAAAAAUAACAAAAAUAUAUCUAAUGUUGAAACAAAUACUGAAAAUACUGAAGAAUUAGUAAAUAUUAAUGAAGAUGAAACUGAGGAUUCCACUUUAGAAGAAAAAGAAGACCCCUUAUUUAAUAAGAGUCCAUUACCAAGAGAACCAAGAUUUAAUGGCACUAGAAAUAAACUAAAAAUUAUGAAAGAUUUUUUAUCUGAUAUGUAUUAUGUUUUAGAAGCAUUUGAAAAACUAAGAACAGAAUUUAAUGAUCUAGAAGUGGGUAAAAGAAGUUUAAGAAGAGGCCAAAGGAAGAAUAUUAAUUAUAAUGUGGAUGAUAUGGAUAUUGAUUAUGAAUUGUAA